GGGAAAAGAUGGUGGAACACGCAGAUAUCCGCGUGGUUCAUCGCGGCGGCAGUAAAAUCAACUUUCGGGCGCCUAUUGUCACCAACGAUUCCAAGUUUCUCUUGUGCGCUGCCGGUGAGUGUGUCAAGGUGUACAGCACGACCACAGAGGAGUGCAUUCACGAGCUUCGGGGACACACCGACCUGGUGACGGGUGUGCUGCUCAAGCCCUCCAACCACUUGCAGGUCUAUUCUUGUUCUGUAGAUGGCACUGUCAGGCUUUGGGACUUUGCAGAUGGUAUCCUCAUUAAGUCUUACGUUGUCGGACAACCAAUUUAUGGCAUCUAUGGCUCAACAAAGCACAAAGGAGUCAUCUUCAUCAUCACCCUUUACCAAAGAACUGAGCUGUUCCAGCUAGUGACGCUACAUCUGCCUCAGAGUGGAGAACAGCUAGUGGAGGCCCUAGAACUUUCAGCUGUGCUCCCAGACGUCAGCGCAAGUCCAGAAUCCAUCGCCUUUGGUAGAGGGGGGGAGUAUACAGCUUCAGUUAAGGGUUUGCAUUUGCGGGUGUAUUUCUUCAAGAAGCAUAAGGAAUUUAGCUUUUCCCUGAAACACGACAACAAGAAGGGAGGCAAGAACACGUUCACAUGCGUCGCCUGUCACCCGAAAGAUGACGUCAUUUCAACCGGACACGAGGAUGGAAAGAUUCGCUUGUGGAGAAACUUCAACCACAUGAAGGAGUACACAUAUUCUACACUACACUGGCAUCACAACGCUGUCAGCUCUCUGUGCUUCACCCCAGAAGGUACCAACCUGCUGAGCGGAGGUGUGGAGUCUGUACUCGUCCAGUGGAAAUACGGUCAGGAAAGUCAGCGAGACUUUCUUCCCCGCCUCGGUGCCGCAAUCACACACAUCACCGUCUCUCCUGAUGGCUCGCUGUUCUGUACCUCACAUGCAAAUAACAAAAUCACAAUUAUCCAGAGCUGUGUAAAAGUGUCUGCUAUCAUUCAGGGCCUCGUCAAAGGAGAAAGCAUCGCCACAGACUUGAUGGUGGACCCUCGCAGCAAAGCCCUGGUGCUGAAUGGGAAGCCAGGCCACUUGCAGUUUUACUCCCUUCAAAGAGAUAAGCUGCUUUUCAACUUGGAUAUUGUGCAGCAGGAGUACAUUCAUGAGUUGGGAUUGCAGCAGUUUGAGGUGGUGAAGGCCGCUUUCGAUGCCUCUGGGAAGCGCCUGGCAACAGUUGAAGAAAGAAAACAGAAAGCGACAGAGUUGGAGCUUAAUAUGAAACUGUGGACAUUUGACGAACAAACGCAAAGCUUUGUGCUGGACACAACCAUCUCAGCCCCCCACGAGGCUCGGAUUACGGCCAUGUGCUUCAGUCCCGCCGCCGCCGACCACCAUACCGCCACGCUGGUUUCCGCCAGCAAGGAUGGACACUUCAAAGCUUGGCAGCAGAUGCUGCCCCCCACCCACACAGAAGGCGAGGGUCCCGCAUGGGCGUGCAACUUCGUGGGCUCUUAUCACAGCCUAGCGCCUAGGUGCUGCUGCUUCUCAGCCGACGGCUCCUUGUUCGCCGUCGGCUUCCAGGAGGUGGUGACUGUGUGGAGCCUGGCCACUUGGGAGCUCCUAACCACACUGUCCCAGCCACCGGGUGAUCUCAGGAAUCUUGGUUUUGGCCAACUAACCUGCUCCAAAUACUUGCUUGGGACAACGGAGAAGAACCUGCUCUGCUGUUGGAAUCUCCUCACGUGCUCCCUGGAGUGGAGCACCUCCAUGGACGUCAGCUUGCUGCUCUCUGACCCACUUUCUGAGAACAUGGCGGCGUUCUGCAGUCGGGAUGGAUGUACUGACUUGUUUGUGUUUAAGCCCUGCGAGCCGCGGCCGCUGUUUUGCCAGAAGGCCGUGUGUCCGGGAAAGGUGACCCGGGCCGUCUUCUUCCCGAGGGAUACCAUGCAGGAAAGCUCCGACGAGAACUGUCAAUGGCUCAACCGAUCCCAGUUGUACUUCCUUAGCCAGCACAUGGACCUUAUGACGUUUAUCACCAAGGCGGAGGAAAACCGACUGAUGGCUUCAAAUAAACAGCUUGCCAUUGAUGACACCAUUGCCAUGACGCCGUUCCACCUGUUGCUGGGCCAGCAGCGACGAGGAGGAAACGAUGUUGACCAUCCAGACCAUUAUGACGCGGCAGAGAGAGUGCAGCUUCCGCAGGGCUCUGCUGCUAUCAAGGAGCUUCUACAGACCCCUGCCCACGUCCUCCCCGGUGCCACUUUCCUCUGCUCCAUGUUUGUACAGUCACUUCUCAUCUCAGUCACUGACUCCAGUAAACCAAAACACAGUAACGAGGAAAUGGAGAGCGAGAAAGUGGAAGAGGACUCCUCCGACGAGGAGGAUAUGGACACUGGGAUUGUGAAACCCAAGGGGCCGUCAGUGGAAGAAAGCGAGGCGGCCGAGCCCGCGGCCCCUUUAAUGACACGGGCGCAGGCCAGAGAACUAAGGCGAGUGAAAAAACUGGAGCGUGGCUGGCUGAGCGGCAUCCUGGACUGCUAAGCAAAAACAGAAAUAUAAAUUCAAGUUUAAUAGUUGUCAUUUUUAUUGGUCUGUUUUACAAUAAAUGUUUUUAUCACU